AUGAUUCUGAUGACCCUUUGGCUUCUUGUGAUGACCUGCAGGGUCUGCAAGGCCUCUUCCGAGUCUUGUACAACUGACGGCACGUCUUUGCUGACAGUGAGGGAUGCCGAGGCCAAGACCACCCAGGACCCAGAAAUCCCAGUUUGGAAGCCGUUCACGGACGAUGGCCUCUGCCAAGCGGUUGCCGGCGAGCAUGGCACGAAAUUCAAGAUCAACAGGCUUGGCUUCAACUGUGAAUCAGAGGGAUGGUCUGCAGCUUCCAUCGAAUGGAAGGUCUUCUAUGCAGUUACGCAUGGACAGCCGGUACCUGAACAGUGCCUUGGGACAUCCUUCACAGACAUUUUCUUCCUCGCUGGGAGGAAGAAGUCCAAGCUGAUACGCGACACGUUCAUGGAUCAUGUGGACCCCAGCCAGACUUUGAAUUCCCUGAACCACCGCUCCAUGAAUAAGCUGAACUUUGCACUGAUGGUCACUUUGAGCUUUGGAUCAGCCUCGACAAUAGACCCUAUUCGGAUUGGACAAGGCAGCAGCUUUUUCAAAAAUGAUUGGUGGAUUGGCGGUGAAGGCUGCAAAAGGAAAUGCUUCUAUGAAGACACUGACGGCUCGGAAAAGUUUAUCCUGCAAUGUGGUGAGCUUUGCUUCUCGCCAACUGGUGAUCUAGAUGCCAGCAGGUUCGACGUCAAGCGGGUGCCAUGCUGUUGGAGUCGGUUCACAGACGAUGGCCAGUGCCGAGCAAGUGCUGGUAGAGAGGGCACCCAACUCACCCAGAACGUUAUAGGUUUCAAUUUCCGGGAUGGUCCCUGGUCUGCUUCACCUGCCUCUUCAGUUGCUUUCGAUCCAAAGUUCUACCUGGUCACGCACGGGCAGCCCGUGCGGCAGCGAUGCCUUGACAUCUCGGGCAGUGAGAUCUCCUUCUUUGCUGGGAGGCAGAAGUCCGCAAUGCCUGGCAACGUCUUCAUGGAAGGUCUGGAUUGCAACAAGACCAUGAGUUCUCUGAAGCAAGAUUGCCCGGGCAAGCUGAACUUCGUCUUCGAAGGGAAGCUGACUCUUCAUGGACAUGGUGAGGGCAAGGACGGGGCAUCUACGGGCAUUUGCCUUGCACAGCGUGGCGAGGAGCUGUCGCAAGAUAGCGAGCCUCUGGAAGAUCAGUUUCCGGUGCACAUAAGAUAUCCAAAGUCAGCCGACAAGCUCAUCACCGAGCUGACUGCUGACAGCUUUCCGCUGACGCUGAUCUUCAAGGAGUACCAGGUCAACAUCGACACUUCCGGCACCGGCUCUGGGGCUCCGGUGGAGGAGACCUUCUUCGUGAAUGAAGCUGGGAAGGUCGUCGUUCGCGACGACGUAGGCGUGGCCGCGAGAUGGAAAGACUCCAGCACGGACGUCUGCUUACAUCCUGGAGAUUGGAUCAUCGAAGCCAACAGCGUUUCGGUAGAUCCGGAGGGCAUUCUGCGCGAGCUCGCAAAGGGAGGGCAGCUGCAGGUGCGUGUACAGCAGCAAGGAAGUAUCUUCAAGACUGACGUCUUCAACUCCCAGGACGACAUGCGAAAUCGGCUGCAAAGUCAGGCGAAGCCCAAGCAGCUGCAGCUGCUGAGGCAGCAUGCGAAGGGGCUGCCUCUCCUUUGCGUGUGCGGAGGUAAACUCCAGGAGAUCGGUCUCCGGGAGCGGGUGCAUCUGCUCGUUGAGCCAAAGGGCGAGAAUGGAGUCUUGACUUAUGCCGGCCGCCGGUUUACUGUCGACCAGAUCAUCGAAAUGCACGCUGUCACGUGCGAUCUCUGUCGGAAAGCUGUGGAAAGAACAGCGCGGCUCUGGACUUGCGGUAACGGUGCCAACACCAUUCUGCACGCACAGUCCUACGAUAUCUGCCAGCAGUGUUUUCAAACGGCUGGAGGGUCAGCUGGGAACGGCCAAGUGAAUGGCCACACGGCAGCGAGUUAA